CUCCCCUUCCCCCGACAGCGUAGCCGGGGCUCGGGCUCGCUCCCUCCCCCGUGCCCUCCCCUGGAGCCGCCGCCGCCUCCGCCGCCGCACACACGGAGACAUGUACCCGGGAGCCCCCUCCGCCGGACCCGGUGAGCUUUCGCCCGGGUUUCUUUCCCUCCUCCGCUGCCCCCGGAGCGGCUUUCCCGGUCCGUGUCCGUGGGGAGCCCCGGGAGCUCCUCUUCCCCCCCGGCUGGGGCCUGGCUGGAGCGGCGGAGGAAGGAGGGUCAGGGCGCCGCCGCCACCUCGGGCAGGGCCGCGUGUCCGGAGGCCCCUCUGAGGGGAGGGUCGCCUUCCCUGCCGCGCUCCCCCCUCCCUCUGCCGAGCCCUGAGGCCGGCGCGGCUCCCGCUGCGGACCGGGGUCUCCAUUUCCUCUCUCCCGGCUCCAUCCCGGGAUUCCCGGCCGGCCGCGUGUUCCUGGGCGGCCGCGCCGCGAUAGUUGCGCGGGGAGGUGCGGGGGAAGCGCCCGCACGUCGGGAGCGCUGAGGGGCAGCGCUGGGCGUCCUCCGGCUCGUCUGUGCUGGGAGCGAAUCUGGGAGCAAAGGAAAGGCGGACGUGCAAAGAAGAGUUAGCAACUCCUCUAGGGACGUUUACUAUCACUUUGGGGAAAUACAGUGCUCACACCUCCUCCCCCAUUGCCACCACCAAUCCAGGGAUAUGCCUUUAAACCUCCUCCUCGACCAGAUUUUGGCACUUCUGGGAGAACAAUCAAACUGCAGGCCAACUUCUUUGAAAUGGACAUUCCUAAAAUAGAUAUCUACCAUUAUGAAUUGGAUAUAAAGCCAGAAAAAUGUCCUAGAAGAGUUAACAGAGAAAUAGUGGAGCAUAUGGUUCAGCACUUUAAAACCCAGAUUUUUGGGGAUCGCAAACCAGUGUUUGAUGGAAGAAAAAACCUUUAUACAGCCAUGCCACUUCCCAUUGGGAGAGAUAAACAGGUGGAGCUGGAGGUCACGCUGCCAGGAGAAGGAAAGGACAGAAUAUUUAAGGUGGCCAUCAAGUGGAUGUCCUGUGUGAGCUUGCAGGCUUUGCAUGAUGCUCUCUCUGGCCGCCUGCCGAGCGUCCCGUUUGAGACCAUCCAGGCCCUGGAUGUGGUCAUGAGGCACUUGCCUUCCAUGAGGUAUACUCCUGUUGGGAGAUCUUUCUUUACAGCAUCAGAAGGGUGCUCAAAUCCUUUGGGUGGUGGCAGAGAAGUUUGGUUUGGCUUCCAUCAGUCAGUCAGACCUUCAUUAUGGAAAAUGAUGCUAAAUAUUGAUGUGUCUGCAACUGCAUUUUACAAAGCACAGCCAGUUAUUGAGUUUGUCUGUGAAGUUCUGGACUUCAAAAGUAUUGAAGAACAACAAAAACCUCUGACAGAUUCCCAAAGGGUAAAGUUUACCAAAGAAAUAAAAGGUCUGAAGGUGGAGAUAACACACUGUGGACAAAUGAAAAGGAAGUACAGAGUGUGCAAUGUCACCAGACGACCAGCAAGUCACCAAACAUUCCCACUUCAGCAGGAGAAUGGACAAACAGUUGAAUGCACUGUAGCUCAGUAUUUUAAGGACAGGCAUAAAUUAGUUUUACGCUACCCUCACCUUCCAUGUUUACAAGUUGGACAGGAGCAGAAACACACAUACCUUCCUCUGGAGGUGUGCAACAUAGUGGCAGGACAAAGAUGCAUAAAGAAACUCACUGACAAUCAGACUUCCACUAUGAUUCGAGCCACUGCCAGAUCAGCCCCGGACCGGCAGGAAGAGAUCAGCAAAUUGAUGCGGAGCGCCAGUUUCAACACAGACCCUUACGUCCGAGAGUUUGGGAUCAUGGUCAAGGAUGAGAUGACAGACGUGACUGGUAGAGUCCUUCAGCCUCCCUCAAUCCUCUAUGGAGGCAGGAAUAAAGCAAUUGCUACACCAGUGCAAGGUGUCUGGGACAUGAGGAAUAAACAAUUUCACACUGGAAUUGAAAUAAAGGUUUGGGCAAUUGCCUGCUUUGCUCCCCAGCGCCAGUGCACUGAAGUUCAUCUUAAGUCCUUCACAGAACAGCUGAGGAAGAUUUCCAGGGAUGCUGGAAUGCCAAUCCAGGGGCAGCCCUGCUUCUGUAAAUACGCCCAGGGAGCCGACAGCGUGGAGCCCAUGUUCAGACACCUCAAGAACACUUACACUGGGCUGCAGCUUGUCGUGGUCAUUCUGCCAGGAAAAACACCAGUCUAUGCGGAGGUGAAGCGUGUUGGUGACACGGUGCUGGGAAUGGCCACUCAGUGUGUGCAGAUGAAAAACGUCCAAAGAACAACACCACAAACUCUGUCCAACCUUUGCUUAAAAAUAAAUGUCAAAUUAGGAGGUGUAAAUAACAUUCUAUUGCCACAGGGAAGACCCCCAGUAUUCCAACAGCCUGUCAUAUUCCUUGGUGCAGAUGUAACUCACCCACCAGCUGGGGAUGGGAAAAAGCCUUCCAUUGCUGCAGUUGUGGGCAGCAUGGAUGCUCAUCCCAACCGUUACUGUGCCACUGUGCGGGUGCAGCAGCACCGCCAGGAAAUCAUCCAGGACUUGGCUGCCAUGGUCAGGGAGCUGCUGAUCCAGUUCUACAAAUCCACCAGGUUCAAACCAACUCGAAUCAUCUUCUACAGGGAUGGUGUUUCUGAGGGGCAGUUCCAGCAGGUCCUCCACCAUGAGCUGCUGGCUAUCAGGGAGGCUUGCAUUAAACUGGAGAAGGAUUAUCAGCCUGGCAUCACAUUUAUAGUGGUGCAGAAAAGGCACCACACCAGACUCUUCUGCACGGAUAAAAACGAACGGGUUGGAAAAAGUGGAAACAUUCCAGCUGGUACCACAGUGGACACAAAAAUCACCCACCCCUCAGAGUUUGACUUCUACCUGUGUAGUCAUGCUGGGAUUCAGGGAACAAGCAGACCCUCUCACUACCACGUGCUGUGGGAUGACAAUCGCUUCUCGUCGGACGAGCUGCAGAUCCUCACCUACCAGCUGUGCCACACCUACGUGCGCUGCACGCGCUCCGUCUCCAUCCCUGCCCCGGCCUACUACGCUCACCUGGUGGCCUUCAGAGCCAGGUACCAUCUGGUGGAUAAAGAACACGAUAGUGCUGAAGGAAGCCACACUUCUGGCCAGAGCAAUGGCAGAGACCACCAAGCACUUGCUAAGGCAGUCCAGGUGCACCAGGACACGCUGCGCACGAUGUACUUUGCUUGACACGUUCUCAUGUUCAGCGGCUCCGGACAAGGCAGAGUUGGAUUCACACCAGACCAGCUGCACUUAGACCAACAGAUGCCCCACCCCAGGGACAGCCAGCAAUGAGUGAUGCAUCUUUAUUCCUUUCUUUCCUAUUUGCAAGGAAGCCUUCCGUCCAGAAUUUCAGACUUGAUCACAAACUGCAUUCUUGUACCAAACCCCACUGUUGUCGGAAAUGUGGUUUGCCAAAAAUCUCUGAGCUGCUUGGUGUAAAACAGACCCAGUUUUUAUAAUUAAAUCAAGAGCUGCAAUCUCAGGGCUUAGGGAAGAAAAACAAAAAACCAAACCAACAACCCAACCCACAAAACUCCUCAUUCAAGUUUGCUGUUCAUUGAGUUGCUUUUGAUAAUUUGGAAAGAUCUAGUUAAUACUAAGGUUUGAUGAGCUAAAAUGCUGUGAAUCAGCUUUUAGUACAAAAAAGCAAAACGUCUUUUGAGUAUUUAUGAAGCCUUGAUUAUUCUAGAUACAUUUACAAAAUUUUUAUUUUCAAAAUAAGAGCGUGACAAAAUUCUGGUUUCUAAUUGUCUUAUAAAGAUUAUUCUCAGAUUAUUCUCUGUGUGUCUAAGGACAAAUGUAUUUUCUGAAGCUUGUCUUGAAUGUUUUUUAUUGUGCUGCAUUUUAAAAUGUUUUUCGUAGACUAAAGAUGAAUCUAAAAAAAAAAAAAGAAAAAGAGUAAACCUGUAUCUAAGCUUUCAAUAGCUACAGUUAGAUUGGCAGAAGAAAAUGUGCCAUUUAAAAAAAUUUGUAAAGAUUUUUUUUAAAUCAUACUGACAGCUAACUUUAGGAUUUGUCAUACAGGACUGUGACACUUACUUUCCAAAGUCUCUAAAGAAUACGGGUCUGUGGUGAUGAAUACAGUACAAUCCUUUUUCACUGUUGUUUGAGUUAAUGUAAAUGUUAUAUAUGUUUCACAGUAUUAAUGUGAUAGACUAGAUGCUAUUAUUUAUUUUUAUUUACUAAGGAGUGCUCAUUAUACUUCUGUUAACAUAUCAAGAAUGCUUUGAACUUAGAAAGUAAAAUCCUUUUCGUGGGGACAUUACUCUUCAAAUGCAAAAACAAAAAAAAUAUGCAGUCGAUGUGGUGAGAGGAGAGAGAUGCAGCCAGUGUCUGUUGUAGCUUGGGAUUUGCAGAAAGGCUUUUUCAAUGUGCACACAACACAGCAGGUUUUACCUCUGCAGUUCAGACGCACACAAGACCAACAUCCUACAUUCAUUCAAGCACAAAACAAUUGUAUUUUAUUUAUAUGUUGAGUAGUGGUGAAGCAGGAGCUCUGCUAGAGGAGAGUGGCUCGCUGGAAGUUAGGCAGAAGUCAGAGAAUCUAUGCAGUAAAGAUAAAAAUUAGGAAACUGAAGUUUACUUAGGGAGGGAGGUGAAGCUCUCUUCAUUAUGCAUAAGAUCCGUAGGAAAUGUGAGAGUUUUGCCAUUCUCUUAGGAGAAGCAUUAACUAAAACUGAUAAUUAUGAGACAGAUGCUUCUGUUAGUUUGCACACUGGAUUCACAAAAACCAUAACACACAUGUAAACCAUUGCACUAAUGACAAUGCCACGAGCAGGUUUAGGAGAAAAUGGAAAAAGCCCAGGAAAGUUGUUUAUGCUGACUUGAUCUUGUUUGUUUUUCCAUGGGAUAACUGAAAUAAGAUGCUGAGAGGCAGGUUGGAAAACCUUCAUUCUCCUCCACUGAUGGAUUUUUGUUUUGUCUUUUCCCUUUUCUCCGAGCAGCUGCUCAGUCUCUUUGGACACUUUUACCUCUGGCCACUGGGAUGGGCAAGUAGCUUUAACCCAUGCAGAGCUCUGGGCCACAGAGCAGGUCAGCUGCAACCAGGUGGUGUUGGGUAAGGUAGAAAAUGCCCAACCUUUGCUGCAUAAAGACUUUUAGGUACAUAAUUCCAGUCCAGAUCUUCACCUUGUAGCAGUGUGUCAGUUGUCAGUGUUCUGUAGGUGAAAUGUAAAACCUGUUAAUGAAAUAAUCAUAUUUGUACUAUUCUGAUUGGGUGAUUAGGCUGCUGGCUCAGAGUAUCCUCUUGGUCAUAGUUCUAUAAAUUCAGAUUUCUGUAAAUUUGAAGCAGAUCCUAGGUAGCAUUGUCUGUCUUGCUGUGUGCCAGCGAGGUUGUACCUACCUCCCCUCAAGCUCCCCUAAGCUGCAGAUCCUCCCCGUGGUGGGUGUGUUGCACUUCUCUGUGUUUCCUUCAGAGCUUUCCUAUUUCAGUGAAGAUAUUCAUUUGGCAGAGUUUUAUAUAAGAAUUAUUUUUAUAUGAAUUCUUCUUAUCAAAUAGGAUAAAGAUCAUCCAUUUUAAGACAUCAUUUAACUUAUUUGCUGUCUGUUAUGCAGAGACCUCUUGGAUGUGAAAUUCAUCCCCCUCUUUCCAUGCAGAUCUGGGACAGUGGAAUUGUACAGGUGGUCAGAUGGGGUGAGGAGGGCAGGAUCUGUCUUGACCUCAAAUCUCAUUUCUGAAGCAGCCUGUGACUGCACUGCAUCCUAUUUAAAAUGUUUCCUUUGUGAGAAAAGGAGUUUUAGGCAGGCCCUGAAUCUGAGAGUAGCUGUUGUUUGUGCAUCCUCUUGGAAUGAGCAGAAAUAAUGUAGCUUUCCUUCCCUAAGUAUGAAGAACUUGGGAUGUUUAUGUGCAUUUCAGGACAUUUUUACCUUUUACAGAUCUUUCUAAGCUUCUAAUACUGCUAAUUCUUUAUGCCUUGUGAUUUACAGAAAGACUCCACAACUGGUAAAGUUGUAAAGCAGGUCUGUAUUUAUUUGGUGAUUGGCAAAUUAAUUUCUAACCCUCAUGUUUCACGUGUGUCUCCCUCCUUUUCUCUCCCACCAGUGGUGAAUUAGUGAAUAAUUUAAAGCAUUUAAGAAAAAAAUACUAAUUAGGUAUAUACUUUGUAAAGUAUAGCAUGCUAGCAGUCCAGCACCUCUCUUCCUGGGAAUAUUUUUAACAUAAAUUACAUAUUCAAGAAUGUCUCCUGUCCAAAAAAAAAACCUGCCACAAACACAUAAAAUCCUAGAAUUAUUUUUUAUUCUGCACCUCCCACAUGUCUGGUGCAGAACAGCAACAUCUCAGGUCAGCACAAAGCUCAAGAAGUCUCAGUCUCCCCCAGGCUGCUGGUGGAGAAGUGUCAGCUGAGGUCACAGCUCUGAGUCUGGGCCACUGUGCAGGUCAGGUCAGCAAUAACCAAAUUUGUGCCACCCUCAGGCACUUGGGGCAUUUUCCAGCCUGUGCAAAGGACUCUCAUUGCACAGCCCCCCCCAAAAACAGCAUCAGCAAGUGUGAAAUGCUGCUCUUGGGAGGUGCAAGUACUAUCAAAAUACACAAAAUAUUUAAAAGUUUGUCUUUUUUUCCCUGAUGUGCAAAAUCUAAUGCAAUGAUGAGGUUUGCUUGGUGGUGGAGAUUUCUGCUGCAGUGGCUGAACAGAGUAACCAGUCCACUCCAUCUGUUCCAGCCCCCAGGAAAAAACUGAGCUGAUCCUCAGGAGCAAAUGUCCUGUUGAGAAAUGCUGGAAGGAGGUGGAUUUGUCUCUGCCUUUAUGUGGCAUUUCAGACAGCCCUAUGCAAUUUAACACGUGUGUGUGUAUGCACUGAUGUACAGAGUGAGGUCACUUGUUUUGUUAGAGCUCCUCAUUUUGGCUUGGCUUGCUUUAGAAUAUUUGACUUUGUGAAUUACAAUCAAUGAUCUUCCACGUUCCAGAGGCUUUGGCACAGGAAUUCCCUUGUUUCUUGAUCUGUCAGGUAACAAAUACCUUUGAUCUCCAUCCAGGCCCCCAGGCAGCAUUCCCUGAUAGUAAAAGAAAAAAGGUUGUGAAGGUUUGGCUUUAAUUCUGCCUCUCUCAAUAACUCCUGCAGCCUUUGUUGUAACAGAGUCUUGUUCUUGUUGGAUCAUUUUUAUAACAUAAGACAAGAGGUUUUUCCACAAGGAUUUUCAAAUUGAAACUUCUGGAGAGGAGGUGUGAGGAGUUUAGGGUUUUUUUUCCUGAAAAGAUUGAAGUUUCUAAGAUGCUUCUAAGUUUUUCUUUCUGACUAAAGUUGUUCAUGCAGGUGCCCAAAGGCUUUUGAUUAAAUAGCAUACUCAGUCAAAUAAGCACCUCUGGUGGCAUAAAUAACCCAUAAGGGACUUUUUUUUUUUAAUAUAUAUUUUUCUCAUUAACUAAACGAAUGUAAGAAGAGUUCUCAGUAUUUUUCACACUUGAGACCAGUGUAAUUAAACUCACUUGUUUUCCUUCUACCAUAGUAUCUCUCUUUGUGUGGCUUUCCCCAUUCCUAAUGCAGGGCAGUCUUUUGUUUUUUACUUCUAUAUUCCAUUUGGUCACAUGCUUCUUGAUGCACACAUGCCAUCUUUCUUAAGGAAAACUUCAAGUAGAAGGUAAUUGCACUGAUUGUUGGGUUUUUUAAACUCCCUUUUUACUGUAAGAUUUUUUUUUUUUGCAUCUGCUGUAGCUGUUGGAAAAUACUGUAAAUACUGCUCUGUACAGCAAGUACUGAAAUGCUGGGGAUACCAUUCCUUGUUCUAUUUUCCAGAAUACUGCCAUAUUUUCCAGUGUUGAGGUAGGAGCUUUGCUGUUAAAUGCUGUUACACUUUGUGUGCAUUAUGGUAUCAAUCCAAGAAGGGCACAGUUGCUGUAUUACAGUGGAAAUACUUCGGGUUUGUCUGAAUUUAUAAAACAUUUCUUCCUUCUCUCUGUGCACAUUUCUCCCAGAGCACAGAGAUGCAGUUUUUCAGCUCUGUGCUCAUUGUCUGUGCAAGGUUCAAAUGCCAGUUUUGGUAUCAGUUUGAUGACUGAUGGCAUUAAUGUAAUAUUUGGAUUAUCAGAUGUAGCUCUCCCAGGUCUUCCUUGCUUGUCUGAUUCUUGUGUUGUAGAAGCAGAAUCCGUGGAUGUGGCAGAAUUUAGUGGAAUGACAGGGAUUUGGGAUCCACUUAUGAUGUCUUGCUGUCUGUCCCUGCAUGGUGUGGGAUUGGGCAGUGCAGAGGAUGUUCCAGUGCUCUGAGCUGCCCAUAGAUCUCCCAUCCAUCCAUCAGCAAUUGCCUUUUUCCUCCCAGAACCCUCGGGGAUGGGACAGAGCCCAACUCCAGCCCCCUUGGCUGAUGUUAGGAUGCAAACCAGCAAGUUCUGUCUUCUGUUUCUGAGGGUUAAAGACUGGAAAGAUGCAUUUCUGAGAGGGUUUAAUCCAGAUUGUAUGGGAAGGGGGUGCUGCGUGUGCUUGGUGUGGCACAGAACCUGUUUAGUCCCAUUUAGUGUUUCAGUUGCUUUGUCAGAGUCUUUCUUUGAAGUGUUAAUUUGAAUGUAAUUGCUUGGCCAAAUCACUACAAAAGUGGGUUUCUGGGAAUCUUUAGUUACAAAGCAGGUGCAGUUCAAGGCUACCUCCUGUAUUCCUUCAUGGAAGAAUUAAUUGAAGUGAACCUCCCACUAAGCAGCCAAAAUGCUCCCAGAGGGACUGGAUUUGUGCUGGUCUGUUCCUUACUGGGAAGUGGCAGUGCCAUACUGUGAUCCUGGGUGGCUGCUCAGCCUUCCCUCUGUCUUCCAGAGGCAUCCCUGUGUAUUGAGAGGGUACCAGACCUGCCAAGUGGCACAUCUGGCACAUCUGCUUCUGGUCAGGAUCACUCCAUAGCAGCAGCUCCCUCUGUGACCUGUCCCUUCACUUGACUUUCUAUACUGUUGUUUUCCAAAUGAAAAAUGUUUCUGUACUUUACCUGUUGGCCAGAAAAUGUCAGGUUUUCUCUGCAAAUGACAUGAAGGUGCUUGAAAUAUAUUUUGAGUCUGAGGCAAAAAAUAUGUAUUGGAUUAUUUUUUUAAUGUGUUUUCUAGGUAAGGUGACAUGUGACUGUAAGAAUGAAAAUACUUUAUUCCCUGCUCAGAAAAUGAUAAACUUAAAAUGUGGGGAAAAAAACCAAACCAAAACAAAAAACAACCCAAACAUGAGUAUGUUCAUCUUGGGACUGUUUAGUGUCAGUUCUGUGCAAAGCCUUGGCCAAAACUCAACCUUGACAUCAGUGCACGUGGACUGAGGGUACUUUAAGUGACCUGAAAUGAAACUGUAGAAAACUGUGUUAAUACAUCAGAUUUUGUUUACACUUAUUCCAGACAAGCUUCCUCAUCUCAGAACAAACCACUCUGCUGACAGAAAUACCUGUUGGAGCACAGUGUGCUGAUGUGGUUUCAUAGCAGUGUUAAAGUUGAUUUUUAUUUACAAGCAACUGGGCUUUCUGCUGUGGAUUUUGGCCUGUCAGAGUGACUUUCCUGAGAUUCUGUGCUCCCUGUAAUUUCCUUCCCUUAAUCUCUGGGUCUAGACUCUGAUGAAGCUCAUCCAUGGCAGGAGGAUUGCUUAUGUCCUGACUUUCUGGAGCCCAGAUUUUGCAAGAGACUGAAUAAACCAUUAUAAACCAGCUCAUUAAUAACUGAAUGUGGUAAAAUCCUGUCAGGUUGGUUCAGUUCUCAGUCAUGAUUUAACAAAGCCCCCCCAAAAGUGUGAAGUGCAGGGUAAAUGGCUCCUCUGUCAUUGGUGGGAGCAGAGUUUUGUGUUUUCCAGACAAGGCAGACCCAGGAUCAUCAGGAAGUUUGGGGAGUGAAGGAGCUCCAUGCUGGGUGCUGCUCAUGCCCCAGAGAAGAGAAACCCUGGGUACCCCGAGCCUUGGGGAAAUGAGAGAGAAAGCAAGGGGAGACAUUUCCUUCAAAAUUGCCAGUUUAAGCACUUGUUAAGGUGACAGUUUAAUUCUUAGUUUUCCUUCUGGCCUCUCUCAAGUGCCCCACAGAAAUCCUCCACCCUGCACCCAUCUGCUGGCCCCAUCCCAGAAGGGGAAGGCUGGCAGGGAGCUCCCCAAGUCGAUUUGUGGUGUUGGGAGCUCUGACUUGGUUGGGGCUGGAUCAGGGGCGCUGCUGGAUCUGGAGGGAGGAGAGGUUGGCAGGAGUUCAUUGUGGGAGUUCUGCAAGUGGCAGCACUACAAACCCACAGCACCAGAUGCAGGCUGUGGCUGCUCCUUCUUCCCACCUAAAUAUCCCCCAAAAAAGCAAUUCCUUGGGAUUUGUGUAUGCACUGCCUCAGCAGAUCCAUUGUAAACCUGCCUGAGGCUGCUCUUCCACCAGCCAACCUCCCUGAGGAGCCCUGGGAUGCAUGGCAGUUCUGUAUCAAAGGGAAUACAGGGAAUGCAGUUCUGUAUCAAAGGGAAUAAUCCUUUCCACAGGGUUCUCAGGAGUGCACAGGCUUUAGUUAUAUUUUUCCCCCACAUUUUGGAUGUGCUGAACCAUGGACUUUGUUAUUUGUUUUCCUCCCUUCUUUAAGCACAACUAAACCACUUGCUGGAACAGCUGCUCUCUGCUCAUCAGCAGGGAUUGCAGAUGCUGUCUGACCUGGGAGCAAGCCUAGGAGUUGUCCCCAAAAUAUAAAUUUUAACUUUUCUAGUCAUUUUAUUGGGGUUUUUUUGAGUGUGCUUGGCAGGCAUGAAUGGUGAACAGGUCAGCAGGCAAGCUUGGGAGUCUCUAAUCCUCUGGAUGCUGCUGUUUGUGUUUGCUGUGUUAGGUUAGAUUCCUGUCAGGACAAAAAAAAAAAAAAA